AUGUCCGACGAAGGUUGGUGUGGUAUGGUGUGGGAACUCUCCCAGAUCAACGCCAGCAACUACGACACCUUGCGCGCUUUCGUCUCGCGCUUCCAUUACCUGAUUGCGAAGCUCAAGGACGUGGGCAUCAACCUUCCAGGCAGACUGGACAGUUGGAUUACGAGAAGCUGCUCAACCUCGUCACGACUAAGGCUAACGAACAGGCCAUGUUCAACAUGUCGGCCACGUCGAAUCAAAACCGCCAAGAAGGGCAACAAUCAGCAAGGCGGACAGCAACAAUCUCGGCCUCAGUCACGACAACAAGCUGGCGCUCAGUCAGGGUCACUCUGCAGCGACCCCAGGUGCGGUAAAUACCAGAGAGGGGCACUGGCUUGGCUACGUGGAAGGUGUUCCUUCUGUGCUGGGCGUGGUCUUGGUGAGGGCCAGAUCCGCCAUGCGCUCCCGCAGUGCCACUGCCGAGGCGCACAAAAGGUCCGCGAGGACAUGGGAGACCUCUGCUACCAAGGCGGCGGGGGCCCGUGGAUAGAGCGCCGGGAUGGCGCAUGCAGCUAUGACCGAAAUUUUCUCUAUGACGGCGUCGUCGGAUUUUGGACCUGUGGAGUUGCCGCCUACAAGGAAGAGCUCCGCGAGGAGGUCGACGACUAUUUCAUGGACCAAGGAGAGGACCUCCCGCGGUACCAUGACGAUGAGAAUGCUGUCUCUUGGCUUACUCAGCCGCUCUUCGUAGCCGGUGUCUUUGGAUCACAAAUGGUGCGUCAACUAGCGAUCUGGGUUCGAGCUUCAAAAGCAUUUUCAAGGCAUGUGGUGCCGCCGCCGGCCGGCGACGGCGAGCGCGAGAGCGACGGCGAGAUAGAGAGCUUUAAGAAGGCCAUCCAGGCCGAGUUCAAGGCAGCGGCGCCGGCCAUCAAGGAGAAGGACGCCGCAAGAUCAGGGGUCAAACGACCCAUGUCGAGGAGCAAGCGAAGAGUUCGUGUCGAUAGCAAGGUAGAAAAGAAGAGAGCAGAGAGCGGUACAAGAGAAAAGCAGCGACAAACCAUGGCAACGUUCAGCGAGAUAUUCACGCCAUUGCCCGCAUCCCGCACGGCAGUUUGCCACGAGCAUGGAAGCGUGGUGACGGCGCGGUCGGUUGCGUCGCAUGUCAAUUCGCGGCACCGGCAUUUGGCCGCCCAGGGUUCGCCAGCGGAUCGUGGCCGAGGCGUUGGCGUUACGGGACGACGGUUCGUUGGCCGCCGAUACGAACAAUAUCCGAUUCCCCGACGAGGUGGUCCCGGCGAUCGACGGAUUACCCGUGUGGAGCGAUGGCAAGAAGUGUAUCGAGUGCGGGUUUUAUACAGCGUGGGAGGAAGCAUAUCCAGAAGCAUUGCCGGUCGGAGCAUGUUUGACCGCACGCGUUGGACCAACCCGCGGAAACGCGGCGGCAAGCCCGGGGCCCAGCCGGUAGGCGGGUUAGGCGAGGUAUGGGUGCAUGGGGUGUAUUGCCGGCGGUUCGGGCAGGCCGGUGUAUUGCAGCGGUUGUUUGAGGUGACGACGCCGGCCAACACGGCCGCAAGCGGGAGCGGGGGAGACACAGCCGAUUUUCAAGCCGCCAUCCGGGCCGAGUUCGAGGCGGCGGCGCGGGCCAUCAAGGAGAAGGAUGAGGCGGCAGCGGCGCUGAUCGGCGACCAGUCGAGGUUGUCGGCCAACAUGUGGGUGCGGCAUUUGCGCGGGUUUGACCGCGAGUGGUUGGCAACGACGAUACGGCGGCCCGUGGUGGAGAAGAGGAAGAAGUAG